UUUUUAUUUUUACAUAAAAACUUUUUAUUUUCGUUUUUACAUUGCAUUACAUUACAUUAUAUUGCGUUUCAUAAGGAAAAUUAUGAUGUAUUUUUACAUGUAUUCAAUCAUUUUUCAAUAACAUUCAUUUUACUUUUCAUCGAUUUCAUAGUUUCACUUUCAACACAAUAUUUCUAUCGGGAUCAGCGUGAAUAUUUACUUGAUACAGAAAUCUUGCAGCUCAUGCAUAUGAAUGUGUCAAUGUGUCAAUGUUCCAAUCAUGGAAAUUCCAAAAAAUGUUUUCGUACCUUUCUAAUUAAAUUUAAAAGUCUAAGAAAGACACGAGAAUUGGCAGAAAAGUUUUUACAUAAUUUAGUUAGAUUUUCCGUUAGAUAUGAUAAAACAGAGUAACGCACAUUCAUCGUAUUUAUAUUUAUAUCGCACUUGCAUUUAUGCAAGAUCUAUAUGUACAAGAAAUACAAAAGACCAACAUGAUCAUGCCAUCAGUGUUAUAUAAUAUGAUAUUUUGAACAUCGUUUUUUGUUAUCGACGCCUUUCAAUUAGUCAUCGAUUUUGGCAUCCCCUUAAACGCAAAAAAGAGUCAAAAAAAUCAAGCCUCAUGGGAUAACAAGAUCCCUUCUAUGGUUUCCUUCUAUAGUUCCAUAAUUCUUAGGUCCUUAAUCUUUCUCGAAAUAACAGUGUCAGUGUCCUUUUGUUCCAAAUAGGCAUCUAAUCCAGCUGAGUGAUGGAGUUCCAAAACAAAGUUAGAAAAGACAUUAGUUUUUUUGACGUCAAAUAUCCUCGACUCGGACAUUAUUUUCUUUUUGACGUCAAAUAUCCCCUGACAUUCAGUAAGGCAGUAGAUCAUUCCUGUUGGGAGCUUUGCCUUUCUUCUUCACACCCUCCAAAAUAAUGCAGGAUAAAAGUGACUCGUUAAACAGAAUGACCUGCGUAUGUGUCGCAGGGACAGCCUCGCCGGAAACCGACGCCGAUUUUGUGCCUACUUCCACUUAUUUUUUUCCUUCUCGGGAGAAGAUCCCUCCGCGUUCGAAAAGUCGUAGAACCCCCGGGGAGAGGUGUUUAUAAAUUUCGUUGCGCAAAUCCCGGAUGCAGGCGUCUCGGUGGCGCGCGAAAACGCGAAAGCCGCCUCUCGUCGCCGGCUCAGGAUGGGAGGCAGAAGGAGCACAGGGUUGGUCAUUAGCUGGCUCCCCUCGCGCUGAUAAGGAAACCGCGCGCGUCACGAAAAUGCCCGCUGCGCAGGCGCGCGCGCACGGUUGUGUGCGGAAGGUGGCAUAGAAGCAUGACGAUGAUAAAAUACCGCGCGACUUUGCCCCCUCGCUUUUCCCCCAGUACCGCGAUUCGCACAGAGGCCCCACUACCGCCGCUGCUCCGAUCCAGGGGGCACGAACCUUCCCUACCUCCGCGUCUAUCAUUCUCCCUCUCCCCUCCAUCCUCUGUCACCCUCGCUCUCUCGCGCGCUCCUUCCGUCUCGCUCUGCCGCGGUAUGCUCGCUUCCCCCUCUUUAUUUAUCCUCCUUCGUUCUCCUCCGUCUUCGUCUCGUCUUCCUACAUUCGCGCGACUCACUCUGGACGGACUCGCGUUGUUUCUUUCUUUGUCACCGCGUUUCUCUCUCUCUCUCUCUCUCUCGUUCCUUCGCUCGCUCGCUCGCGCUCCAUAAACUCCGUAUGUCCUCUAUGUACAUAAUAUACACGGACCUCGCUCCCGAACAUAGAGCAGCGGCUAAUGCGGGUUCUCGUAUAGCCGGCAAAGUCCGCGGUCUUCAAUUUUCGUCUAGUCGUCGAUCCGCGUGCAUCAGCGAUCGGUCCGGCGGACGCACACCAGCUAUUCGGUGGGCGGGCGCGAUUAACACCCCGCGGAGGCAACAGGUUCGGACGUGAUCGCGGCGUCGAGCGCACGGGAAUAAGGGCUCACGGUGAGAGUGUGAUCGCUCGUGACACCGCGGACGCUGCGGGACCGAAGGGGUCGUCGCAGCGAGGGGGAAGUGAGUGAACACAGGAGUGUGCGAGCCACCGCCGAGAGGAGUCAGAUUGCACGCGGGAUGAAGAGGAGGAGGAGCGACGACGACGUGAAGCCAGCCACCAAGUACCGGCAUCGGGAGUACAUGUUGCUCGACUAUGUCGAGGGGGCCGCGGAGCCGACGUCGCAGAUCGCCCGAGAGGCGGUCAUCGAGUGCGAAGAGAGGGAGGCGGCGGCGGCAGCAACGGUAACGAUAAAGAGCGAGGACGUCAUCGAGCACGGAGUCGAGCAGCGACAGGAGCAGCAACAGCAGCAACAACGUCAACUGGCGUACGUGGCGAGCGAAGAGGCCGGGAAGGAGAGUGUGGGCGUGCUGAAGGCGGGACAGCCGGAAAUGGAAAAUGGCGCCAUAGUAGCCGCUUCGACCGGUGCCGAAGCGGUUGCUAUUGCGGUCGCCGCCGCCACCGCCGCCGGUGAUCACACGGAGGAUCCCAGCGCCACCUACACGCUCCAUCAGCUGGGCUACCAUGCCGCGAACAUCAUUCGUAGCGGCUACCUCGAGGAAGACUCACCCCGCUACGAGGGUGGCGAGAUAAGGGAGGAGCAGCAACAGGUCUCCCAGUCGUCCCACCACCACCACCACCGGCAGCAGCAGUCGCAACACCCGCACCACCAGACGCGGCAGUACGUCCAGCUCGGGGCGAGAGAGGUCCCGGUUCCCGAGGGAGGGGAUAACCGGCAGCACCCGACAGAGGCCUCCGUCGCAACGGAGGGAAGCAGCGCCGGCAGUCACAUGCCUCACUCGACGAUGCAUCGCUACGGUACCGAGACGCUCUCGCCGACCACGAGCGAUCAUCAUCCGCAUCAUCAUCAUCAACAGCAGCAGCAUCACCACUUGUCCGAGGUGCAUCAGCACGGCGCGUUGUCGGCCCAUCGUCAUAUGGACGAUCAGCAGCAUCACCACGAGAUUGAGACGGACGACGUGGAGGAGCGAGGAGUGAGCGGUAUCACGAUCGCCAUGAGGACCCGGGCCGAUUACUUGGGGGUGCUCCUUCCCAUGAAUUCGUCGAACGCGGGCUCGGGCAACGGGCCGAGUAAUCAUCACCAUCACUCGCACCACUUGGACGACGUGCUGUCGGGAGACUCCUACCUACAGCAUCAUAUCCGCGCCGGCGCUACCGGCGGCGCCGCCGGUGGCGCUUCCCCGUCGGUGAGGAUGGCCGGCUCGCCGACUCCCAGUCACAGUCCGCACGAUGAUCAGGUGAUGUCGUCGCCGCAUCGCCAGGUCCAAGAGGCCGGAUACAGUCCGAACGAUCAGGGCAGGCUGCAGUCCUUCACGCAUCUCACCGCCAUGCAGCCGUCCUCGGUGCAGAGCAACCACGCAGGGCUCCAGGAGCCGGAGCGCGUCACCGAGCAGCUCUACAUGGACUCGAUCUACACGCACCACGCGACCGGCACCCCGCAUCAUCAUCAGGAGCACGACCAGGGCCCCUCCACGCCGCACUCGCCGAGCGGCCCGCUCUCCAGUUCGUCAUUGUACCGGUCGAUGAGCAGCGGUAUGGGCACCGGAGCGGGGACCGGAGGAACCUACACGCUCCCCUACAUGACGAGCAGCCCGACGGAGCUAGCCUCGUCGCCUCAGCUUUGGAACACUCAGGGCCUGAGCCCCGGGCUACCGAUUUCGGAGGAUUACAGCAACAGCAAGUCCUCAGCUACGGUGCCUCAUCAGUCAUUGCCGGCCUUCUCGUCACAGCCUUUUGGCGCUCGGUCGAGUUUUCGUUACAGUCCGCCGUACACGACUCAGCAAGCAGGAACUCCCGGCGGCACCGCCGACGCCAGUUGGUCGUAUGCGUCUCCGACGAACGAUCAGCUGACCCCGCAAUACGGCACACCGUCGAGGCGGCAGACCGUUAACCCCGCGACAACGCAGCAUCAGCUCAGCACCGCUGCGGGCUUGCCAAUGGGACACAGCAUCGAGGCGGAGUACUAUACGGAGGGCCGUGAGUGCGUGAACUGCGGCGCGAUUUCCACACCUCUUUGGCGUAGGGACGGCACAGGGCAUUACCUCUGCAACGCGUGCGGGCUGUACCACAAGAUGAAUGGAAUGAAUCGGCCUCUGGUCAAGCAACCACGCCGUCUGUCCGCCACAAGACGGUUGGGUCUCGCUUGCAGCAAUUGUGAGACCACUAUGACGUCACUCUGGCGUCGCAACGCAAUGGGCGAGCCUGUCUGCAACGCUUGCGGACUUUACUUUAAGCUGCACGGCGUUAACAGGCCGUCCACCAUGAAGAAGGAUAGCAUUCAGACGCGAAAGCGAAAACCCAAGGGUAGCAGCAUGAAGACCAGCGACACGCCGCUCUCCGCCAGCGUUGCGCAAUGCACGAACAACAACAACAAUAAUAAUAACAAUAACAGCGUGAAAAUCGAGCCAGCAGAUACCUAUGGCGAUAUUCGGAUGGCACAUAGCGGUGUGUCGCAGGUGGCAUACGCGAAUAUCUACAGUAACGCACAGGCCGCCAGCAGGAUCGUGUCCUACCAGCCUACGUCAACCAAUCUCUAUUACGACAUGAUCACGCAGCAGCAGCAGCAGCAUCAACAAUUGAUGGAUUCUCAUUCGCCUAAGAUCAGCGGUGAUUCUCCACCUUGCGCGACGCGCGGCCAGUCGCCGGAUCAUCACCAGCUCACCUCGCCACACAUCGUUACUCUAGGCAGUAGUCCGUCGACCAGUCCAGGCGAACCCAAGACGGGAAUGUAAAUAAUGAAACACUGAACUGAAUCUCCGAAUAUCUCGUGGCCUCCUGUUUCAUGCGUUUUAUUCUAUUAUUCUUUUCCCUUUUUUUUUCUAUUUUUUUUUCCUCUUUUUAGAGAGAGUGUAUGAAGCGCAUGAGCCGAUAAUGCUAUAUAUGCAUAUAUAGCCUGUACUCUCGGAAGUGUACAUAAUGUAGGAUAAGUUCCGAUGGCGCUACGGUCAGUAGAACUGUAUAUAAUUUUCUAGUGCGAAUUCCUCGAAGGUACAAGGAUAUUUUUAAACGAGAAAAGACCGAAGGUCGAGUUGCAGUGAGAGUACGUCGUGUACUAGAAAUGUCUCACUGGGGAAUGCACAAAACGACCAUAUUUGGGAGAAAGAGGGAAAGAACCAAAUAACGAUAAUGGAAGUGCCUUGCGUAUACACGUAAGGCAUAAUUGUGGAACCCCUUGUUGUGAUACGCGAAUCACGGUAGUUAUGACGGAGGAACGUUAAGGGGCCUUACUUCAAAGCCGUCAAGUCGUCAAGUCCGAACUAAUUCUUUCCAUCUUAGCUUUAUUAUUCUAUAUUUAUGUACAUUUUAUUAUUUCACUCGUUAUAUUCUUUUAGCAUUGCUACAUUUUAUCAUUUAUAGACUCUAGUAUUUUAUUAUUUGUUAUUAGUCAUGAUGCUACCGGCUAGCAACGUAUGUUUAUCGCGGGCGAGAGUGAAAAUAGAAAAUAGCGUCAUUAGAAAGAAAUCUAGAACAUUAGGAUGCACUUUGCAAUUAAGAUAUGCGUCUCGUUUAUUGUCUGUUUUCGUUACUCUACUCUCUUUUUACGUUUCUUAACCAAAGAAUCUUUCAACCAAAGAAUUCGUGACGAACACACGUUGCUGCGGAUCUUCACGCUCUGUUGACAACAUUUGCUUGCGUAAUUCUAAGAAAUGUCAACAGUGCGCGUGCAUGCAUGCACGCACGCGUGUCGGUGAAAUUCAUUUCGAUUGUUUCCUUCGAAAUUCGCCCGUUGUGCACGCACGUUUGGAUAAUCUCGGCCGAAGGAAACAUAAUCAAUCGACUUUUCACUUCCGACGUCGCCCAUUCAAAUGGCACGUUGUUCGGCAUUUAAUGUGUUGUUCGCGAAAGCAAAAUUGUCAGUAGCAACACAACUAAUAGCAAAUGAUGUACCUCGCGUGAGAGCGACUAAAGUUAACAAUUAGUAAUAUUAACGAUAAUGGUAAACUUAGGAUUAUGUAUAUUCUACGAGUAAACAUAUCUGACGGCUAUGCGUAGAUACUUUUCUAUUUUAUUUCACGUUAAUGUGUCACGGUGGAUUUUCAUCCUAACUGACAUAUUUGACUCAAUUCGAGGAAGAUGACCGACUGCGUACGCGCAUCUUUCGCUGAUGCGUGCCGCAAACGGCUUGUUUUCUAUAGGGACCAAUUGUUUUAUAAAAUGAUUAAUCUUAUAAAAUAUUUAGAAUAUGAUUAUGAAAUAAUCGUGAGACAAUUACUUUCAAUCCGAUCAAUUAUCGACCGACUUUAUACCACAUAAGGUUCAGUUGGAACAAAGUUCACCGACAUGUUGCAUCUCGCCGACAAAUAUGCCAUUAUGCUUUACAUAAUAUAUUUUUAGUGUUGUACCGAGAGAUAUCGGUUAUUUUUAAAUAAAAAGGGAUUUAAG